AUGGCUUCAAACAAUUCCCCAAAGAAGAUCGAUCACCAUCGGCGCAUCCUUUUAAUAAGUACUCCUCGAACUGCAUCAAAUCCCCUCGUGAAAGUUCUGAACAUCCCCAACCAGCCAAAGACCUACACAAAUGAGAAGGGUGGAUAUUUCUUCUACCCGGCCUUCAUAUUAGCAGCGCAAAAUGGGUAUUUGGAGAAACCAGUAGCUCAAUGGACCGAGUCAGAAAAACGAAACGUCACAGCAGUGUACCAAAGCUGCUUGAACAGCCUAGAAGAAGCAACCACAAGGGCGCUCGCUGCAAACAAAACGAUGUUUGUAAAAGAGCAUGCAUUCUGGAUCUUCGGGCCGGCGGCGUUUCAGAAGAAACUGACAGGCGUGCACGACGAAAACUUUCUCAAUGCAUUCCGCGUUGACACGCCAGAGAAGUACGGUCCCACGAAAACCUACGCAACAUCCAACGAGACUAUCCUCUCGGACGAGUAUCUGCGUUCUUGGCAGAUGGCGUUCAUUAUUCGGCACCCGGCACUGUCCUGGCCGUCUUUUUGGCGGGCCAUGCUGAAGUUCGUGAAGGAGGGUAUUCUCGAUGAGGAUGCCGUGGAAGGGACGACAAUGACUAGUAUGGGCAUGUGCUGGGCUCGUUCGCUGUAUGAUUGGUGCAUAGAACAACCUGGCCUGUCUCGCCCACCGCCGGUUCUGGAUGCAUAUGAUUUGAUCAACACCCCCGGGGCUGUGGUACGUUUUGCGGAGGAGGUAGGAUUGGAUCCAGAUGUUUUACGGUUUGAAUGGGACUCGCAAGAUCAUGAGACAGACACUGGGUUUUGGGCGUCGAAUCGUGCGAAGGAGAGUGCUGGGGAUGAUGUGGAGGGGUCGCAUAUUCGUGCGGCAAAUAUCAUGUUAACUGCACUCUCAGGUUCCUCGGGAAUGAUCACAGGCAGGACCCCAGCGGAGGUUGAUAUUAGCGCUGAGGUAAGAAAGUGGAAAGCUGAGUUUGGAGAUGAGGUUGCUGGGAUUAUUGAGAGUGCGGUUUUCGAAUCAAUGCCUGAUUACGAGUACUUGAAGGCUCGGCGGAUCACUGUUUGA